AUGGCGCGCAUUACAGUCAGUCAGAGCGACCGCCGCGGGCGUUCGCGAAAACUGCUCCGCCCCCGCGCCGCCCCCGCCAACUGGGGAAGUCCGCUGCGGCGGCAGACUCGGCUGCGCCUGGAGGCGCUUCCUGGAGAUAGACGGCCCCUGGGAGCCGCGCCUCAAUCAACCGACGGCGAUUACCUGCGGCCUCGCCGGGACGGGACGGGCAGCCCCGGUGACACGCCGGCGUUUUUGCGGGCCGCUCCCCGCGCAGACAUCCGCCGCCUCCAAGGCCGGCCGCGCCGUGCCAGCCGCGCCGGCCUUCCGGCUCACAGCGCGUCGCCUCCGCGCCACUAUAAGAGGGCGCGGCGCGCCUCCAGCCGCCAGAGUUCAGCUUCCAGCCAGCAGCCUCCAGACAUGCAGCCACUCUCUGCCCUCAGCGCCCUCCUGCUGGCGCUGGUCGCUCCCUCCUGGGCCACCACCAACGGCCGCGGCAUCGUCUACGAGAUCCACGAGGUGCCCGACAAGGGCGAGGCCAUCGCCACCGCACAGAGCUACCCCGUGGGCGUCGGGGUCGGCGUCGGCGGGCUCGGCUUAGGUUACGGGGGAGGACUGGGAGGAGCAGGUCUGGGCAGCUACUACCCCGUAGCAGCCUACGGCGUCGGCGGUCUGGGCGGCGUCGGCGUCGGCGGCGUCGGCGGCCUGGGCGGCGUGGGCGGCGGCGGCGGCUUCGUGUCCGGCAAGGCGCUCAACAGCUACGGGGGCGGCGGCUACGCCGGGGGCCUGUCCGGGGGCGGCGGCCUGGCGCAGAGCGGCGGCUACGCGGCCGGCGGCGGUAAGAAGGGCGAGGCGGGCGCGCUGUCCAGCGUCGCCUUCUCCGGCGGGCAGGGCGCGCGCGCCGUCAACAAGGCCGACCAGGGAUUCUACGGCGGCGCCGCCGGCGGGCUCAACAACUACAACCAGGGCGGCGCCUUCCAGCACGGCCUGGCUCGCGGCCAGCAGGCCCUCACCGCUGGCGCGGUGAAGGCCGGAGGUGGCCAUCGCAAGGGCCACAGCAGCAAGGGCUUCCAGAACUACCACCACAAGGACGAGUCGGGUCAAACCUCCACCUUCUUCGACGAGGCCAGCGAUGAGGGUGACCACUUCAAGUACACAGGCCAGCAGGGCGGCUUCGGCGUGCAGGACGGGUCGCAGUACGGCGGCAAGCUGGAGGACGCGCGCUUCGCGGCCGAGCAGGCUGCGCGCAAGGGCGGCUUCGGCCACGGCUUCGCCGUCGACGACGCCUCCGGCCACAAGGGGUCGCGCGGCCAGCAGGCCUUCUACGGCGGCGAGCAGGGCUACGGGCAGAGCGCCGCCUACGACGACUUCGGCAAGAAGGUGGCGCAGCAGGGACAGCAGUUCGGCGGCCAGCACGGCGCCUCGUACGGCCAGGGCUUCUCCAAGGGCGGUUACGGCGGGGUCGGAGGUUACUACUAGGGCCGGCAGUUACCUGCUGCCGCGGAAAACGUGUACAUACAGCGGAACCCCGCCAGAGGCACUCUUCGCAUCACGCUGUCUAGACUGUGGUCUGUUCCAGUCCACACAGUCUUCUCUACUGUUUGAGGUGCUAGACGUCUUUAGUGCACUGCACUAAGCUUAACAAGUCUUGCCCAAAUAUACAUUCUUCAGAUCUAUUAACAA